AUGUUUAGUGAAUCUUUACUAAAUAAAGAGCGUAAUUUCUUAGAAUUAAAUAAAGAGCUUGAAGAGAAAGUUAAAAACUUAAUGGUUGAGGUAGAUUCGAUUAUUACUCGUCAAGAAGAUGUUAUACGAAUUCCAAAACAAUCUUCACAGAUAUUACAAAAAAAAAAUAAAAUAAAAAUAAAAGAAACUGAGUCUAUAAUGAAAAUAGAUGAAGAAAUAUCAGGUAUAAACAUUGACACGCCAUGUAUAAAAAAAUCAAUAAAGAACGAAAACAUUAAAAAAACAAUUCAAAAUGAAUAUGAAACAUAUAAUGAUGAUGAGUAUGAGAGCAUCGAAACAAAGAAAAAACGAUCAACGAAUGAAACAAUAAUUCGAUUUUUAAAAGCACAACUAACACAACUUCAUACAGAUAUACAAUCUAUUCAAUAUGAUCUGAAGAAAAAGAAUGAACAUUGUAAAGAGUUAGAAAUAGAAAUUAAAAAUCACGAUGAAAAAAGAGAAAAACUCCUAAAUCAACUUACCAUUCAAAAGGAAAACACUGUAAAAACUGAAACUAUAAAUUUGGAAUUACAGUCAAAAAUUCAGGCUCAAAAUAUUGAAAUUUCUUCUUUAAGAAAAGAAAUUGAUAACUUAAAAAAGGAUUUGAAAUUGUUGAACCAAGUUUCUUCAAACAGUGAACUUAGACUUAAUAGAAGUUUGGAAGAGAAUGAAAAAUUUCGUUCAUCUUUGAAAAUAAGUCAAAAUGAAGAAAAGGAUUUGAGAGAACAAAUAAGAAAAAUUCAAGAAGAAAAGCGAUUGGCUUUAAAAAAUUCAGAAAAACAGCGCGCCGAAAUCUUUCAAGCAUUCAAAAAACAGGUUCAACUCGUAGAUAAUCUAAAAAAACAAAAAAUGUACUUGGAAGCUAGUAAAGAAAUUCAAUUCAUUGAAGAAGAUUUUACCAAGCUUUUAGAAUGGAAAGAAAAAACUUGAAUAUUAUUGAAUAAAAAUUGUAUU